CUGUAGCCAGCGGCUACAGCUCUGAUUUGACCUCUAGCCUGGGAACCUCCAUAUGCCAUGGGUGUGGACCUAAAAAGACAAAUAAAAAUAAAAUGUUAAUACCAAAUGCCAGAACGAAAUCUUAAACACCAAAAUGAAACAGUUUAGUGGCUGAAAGUGGCUGAAAAGUUGUGGAAUCUAGCCGACAUGACCAUGACGAGAAAGUAGAUUUCACCACUGCACAAUUUGGUGUAGUUAUUGGCUGGGUGUAGGGGCUGAGGGGAGACCAUUUCAUGUUUUUUAUCAUGAAACUUCACAACUGAGGCUGGGCGCCAUUCUUUCACUUUCGAGGUGAUUUAUCCUAUCUGUUAUUCGUUGAACAGGUAGGGGGCAAUCUUAACUACCUCAUUUCCAAGUGUUCAGAAGAAUGAUGCUUCACUGCAGUCUCCAAAUUCAGACAUACUGUAUAAACUAAUAGUACAAACUAAUUCUACCAAUGGCAGGGGGAUUAGGAAAGACUUCGCUGAGUCUUGGUUAGUUGAGUGGCUGGGAAAGAUCCCAAGAUCUGGUUUGGCCCCAUACGGGGACAUCCUAGACCCCAAUAGUCUGAGGAGGGCCACAACAGGUACUAAAUGACCCUAGGGGUCCCAGGGUCCAUAUAGCUUCCUCAGCCAAAUUGUGACAAGGUCUCUAGAGCUGCAUAACCACAAACUUCUGUGAUGUCAUAAAAACCUUGCCCGAGUCACCUCAUAUUCUCAUUGAACCUCGGCUCAUCAAAUUCAAAAUGAUAGAACUACACAAAACAAAUCACAUUCCUAACACAAUGUACAUUUGGCCAAGUUGUUAAAGUGACUUUUCCUACUGAUUCUCACACUAGUAAUUGUGCAUUUUGGAGUAAUGUUUUGGUUUUUAUGUUCCUCUUUUUUUACCCUUAUUAUACAGCCUUUUAUACUGCAGGCUUAGAUGAAUCCACUAAAAAUUGGAGGAAAAGUUGCUGCACAGGUAAAGCUGCCUUCCCAGGAAGCAGAAACUAGUUCCAUAAAGAGUCUGUCCAAUAACCUUCUCUGAUAAGAUCAAAGAGAAUGGGAACAAAAACUCAGACAGACAGAAACUCCUUGGUUGAAAUUCACUCCAGGCUUUCUUUCCACUUUAAAGGCAAAGAAUUUAAUUUCCACUGUAUUCUACUGUCCAGAAUAGGAGUUUUUAAAAGGAACAGGUGCUUAAGAAAACCAUCUUAUAUUUAUCUGGGGAAGAAAGAGAUCCUAACGAAAUCUCUUAAAAUGAUAACUGACUCCAUCUAAGCUUCAGCUAAACAGUACCCUUGAAUAAUUCAUAGCAUGAUCUUCUCUUAGAGCUUUUGUAGUGGCUGCUUCCCCUACCUGCCAAGGUCUUCCUCUAGACCGCCGCAUGGCUCAUCCCUUUUCUUGCUUCAGGUCUCUGCUCAAAAGCCUCCUGGUCAGAGAAGCUUCCUAGGACACUCCAUCCAAAGAGCCAACACGGCCAAGGCCCAUCUAGUGGAGUCCUCCCUGUGCUCUUUAUUUUUCCCUGUUUUAUUCUCUCCACAGCCCACAGCAAUUGCCAUAACCUGAGCGCUUUUUUUUUUUUUAAGUAUUGGUCUUUCUUCCCCCAGUACUACAUCACCUCCAUGAGGAAUGUCCAUUUCUAUUUCCUGCAAAAGCCAUCUACCAGGUACAGUCCCUGACAAGUACUGGGCAUUCAAUAAACAUUUGUUGAAUUAAUGAAAGAAUAAAUAUGAUUUUCAAAGUCUUUUCAAAUUCCUAAAUAUUUUUAUGCACUAAAAUAAUUUUUCUUUGUAGGAUUACUUGAAAUAUGAUCACGUAAAUAUUUAGACUAAAAAUUAUGAGACUUAAGUGCCAGCUCUACAUUAAUGUCUUGUGUAACCUGGUUAAAUCACUUCUUGGGGUGCUUCACCUUGUAUCUGAUGGUACUAUGCUUUGCAAUCACGACUCUAAAAUCCAACAGAAAAAUAGGCUGCUUAUAUAAAAAUUCUCUGUGUAGGUCACCUUUAAUAACACAUGUGACAUAAGACAAGGUACGAUUAUAAAGGAUAAUUAUUUUUCAAGAAAAUGCGGUGUAAUAUGAGCUCAAUUUAUUUUUCUGGAAGGUCCAAACUUCUAAACCACGGACCUCAAAACAACAUGUUAUCUUUCAGAAACACAAAAUUUAAGCAGAUAAUGUUAACCUACUUCCAUAUUUAAGCUAUUGUUUUGCCUUUUAUUCUACUUUGAAACUUGCUAUGGUCCAUUAUCUCCAUUCCUACAAGAUUACAAUCUCAUAGUAGGCACUAAACAUUUAAAGACCUUUUUUCAGCUAUACCUGGAAAACUAUUCCAAAUAAAUUAUCCACCAGAGCUAAAAACUAGGGGAGAAUCAAGGUGGGAUGUAGAGGAAUAAUGACUAAGUCUGUUAUGAGUAGAUCAUAUUUAAUUAGAUGAGACCAUACAUGUAAAGUGAUUCGCACAGUAUCCCAGAAAAUGUUCUUGAUACGUUAGCUAUUAUACUAAAAGAAUCUCUGAACAGGUAAAGAGCUUGAGAGUUCACCCUAUAGAUUAAAUUUCUAAAGAGGAAAGUCUCAUUUUUUCCAAAUCCAAUAAAGAUCAUUAGUCACACAAAUGUGCAGAACACAACUCAGUGUGGGUUCAAGUAAAGAUCGACAAAACAAGUCUUAAUCAGUUUGCUCUACUGCCUGCUAGUAGGGACCUGGCAAACAACCGACGUGCAGAACCGUGGGUACAAACAGCCGUCCUGCCACCACGCAUAAGAGCUCCCGCGAGCCCUCUGAGCACUACCACCCCCGAGCUGUGGAAACCCUCUGCUGCGGUCUGCUCUCCCACUACUUCCCGUCAUCCUCCAGGCUUUCCGUUUCUUUUAGCCGAGGUCUCGCGUAGCUAGGGGGUGUCCGAGGUCUCGCGAGAGUGUUCCCGUUGCCUGGUAACUGGUGCUGCGCCUGCGGGUAAAGAACGUGGCUGAGGCUGCUAAAGGGCCGCUGCUUUCGGUCGCCGGGCUCUUGCUAGUGCUGGCAAAACGGCUGCUCCCGGCACGGAAGGGACGACAGGCCUGACCAGGGGACUCCGGACCGGAGUGAGGGGGGCCGAGUUGGGCCAGUGAUGUGCUGAGAGGGAAAACCCCUGCGGGAAACGAGCGCGCCCCAACAAAUGAGCCCCUCCCCGCACAGCCGUGUCGCGGAGUGUGGAAGAGUUUGCAGCCGGGAAUUGUGGCUUCGCCGUCCUUCCCUCCGAGGAAGCCCUCGUUCCUGCCGGUAGACCUGUCCCGGCGCCGCUGAGUGUGGUCACGCUGCUGUUACCUCUUCUGCUUCUGACGCGAAGGCUACUCACGGAGCGCUCAUUAGAUGCAUCUGUGCCUAUGGCUUUCCUGAAGCUCAGCUCAGGUUUUACUACGCUUCUUGUCAGCACGGUGGUGCGCGUCGUAGGCUCGUGUAAGGAAAGAGAAUCAAGAUUUAUCCAGUCCAGUUUUCCUAACUUGGAGUUGUGAAACCUGGACCUAACUUCAGUAUCUUACUACUGAAAGUGUCGCCCAUAAAGUAGACUUCUCUGUUAAAUUCGUAGUUUUUUGCUGUGGAACUUGGGCUUUGUUUUAUGUAGUCCACGCUUGAAAACGCCUUUUAGAGAGGAGUAUAAGCCGUUGGUUCGAAAUUAGUAGAUUCCUUUGGUCUCUCAAAAAUAACAGAAUCUCGACAAGGAGUUUCUAUUAUUUCUUAUUUUAGUAACCUCUUGAAAGAAUACUUGCAUAGGAGGGUUAAUGAGCAUUGCUAACCCAACCUUCUGAUAACUAUUGAAAUUCCGGUAAGACUAAUAUGCAAUAUUAGAACAGAGACAUUAUCUAUUAACCAAAAGAGAAAGAGAAAAGCCUAUUUUUAUUUGAACUGUUGGUCAAAUGAAAAUUUAGCAGAAAAAUAACUAGAUAGCUGCAACUUACUGCCUGAAUAAGUAGCUAAUUUUUCUUUGAUUCCUCAUCUUUUUAAUGCCUUAAGAUCAUUCCGAUCUUGCUAUCACUGUGUGGUAUUUAAUUGUAGAUAUAGGAUGUAAAUGAUUGGGCUAUGUACCCUGGAAAUUACUUUUUAAAUUAUUUAUUUGAUUUGACUUGUGAAUUUUGUUUCUCGAUCUUGUAAAAGUGGAAAAUUUCUUCAAAUCUUUGAAACUAAAGUUUAAUUACUUUUUAGAAAAGCCUUUUUACCACUAUUAAUUAAAUACAAGUGGAUAUAUUCUAGUAUACACAUUUAAUGUGUACUCAAAAAAAAUUGUCGAACAAGUUCCUUGCAAAUUGUUUUACAGCCUACCUACAUAAUACAAGAUACUUCAAGCCACAUACUGGAAGAGAUGUCAGAAGAUUCAGAAAAGGAAGACUAUUCAGACAGAACAAUCAGUGAUGAAUAUGAAUCAGAUGAGGAUACCUUUAUGAAAUUUGUAAAAGAAGAUAUCCAUCACUGUGCACUUUUAACAGCUGACUCUAUUAGUGACCCAUUUUUCCCCCGGACUACGCAGAUACUAUUGGAGUAUCAGCUAGGGAGAUGGGUUCCACGUCUUCGUGAACCACGAGACUUAUAUGGUGUCUCUUCUUCUGGUCCGCUGAGCCCAACACGGUGGCCGUACCACUGUGAGGUCAUUGAUGAAAAAGUCCAACAUAUUGGUUGGACCCCUUCUUUUCCUGAGCCAGUGUACAUCCCAACAGGCCUGGAGAUGGAACCCCUUUACCCAAACUCCAAGGAAGAUACUGUGGUUUAUCUAGCUGAAGAUGCCUACAAAGAGCCAUGUUUUGUGUAUUCUCGAGUUGGGGGCAACCGAACACCCUUGAAGCAGCCCGUGGAUAACUGUGAUGAUACUUUGAUGUUUGAAGCAAGGUUUGAGAGUGGUAAUCUACAGAAGGUAGUCAAAGUAGCAGAAUAUGAAUACCAGCUAACUGUGCGCCCUGACCUGUUCACAAAUAAACAUACACAGUGGUUCUAUUUCCAAGUCACUAAUACCCAAGCAGGAAUAGUCUACAGAUUCACUAUUACCAAUUUCACCAAGCCUGCUAGUCUUUAUAAUCGGGGUAUGCGCCCACUAUUUUAUUCUGAAAAAGAGGCCAACGCUCAUAAUGUUGGCUGGCAGAGAAUAGGAGACCAAAUCAAGUAUUAUAGAAACAACCAGGGGCAAGACGGGCGCCAUUAUUUCUCUCUUACGUGGACAUUUCAAUUUCCACACAAUAAAGAUACCUGCUACUUUGCUCACUGCUAUCCAUACACUUACACCAACCUGCAAGAAUACCUUUCUAGCAUCAAUAAUGACCCAGUUCGGUCAAAGUUUUGUAAAAUCCGUGUCUUGUGCCACACUCUGGCCAGGAACAUGGUGUACGUUUUAACGAUUGCCACCCCCUUGAAGAACAAUGACUCAAGAAAGCGAAAGGCCGUGAUUUUGACUGCAAGGGUACAUCCAGGAGAAACCAACAGCUCUUGGAUCAUGAAGGGAUUCCUAGAUUAUAUUUUAGGAGACUCAAGUGAUGCACAGUUGCUUCGGGACACUUUCAUCUUCAAGGUGGUACCCAUGCUGAAUCCAGAUGGUGUGAUUGUAGGAAAUUAUCGGUGUUCCUUAGCUGGACGGGAUUUAAACCGUAACUAUACAUCUCUUCUGAAGGAAUCAUUUCCUUCUGUUUGGUAUACCCGGAACAUGAUCCGUAGACUGAUGGAGAAACGAGAGGUUAUUUUAUAUUGUGACCUUCAUGGCCACAGUAAGAAAGAGAACAUCUUCAUGUAUGGCUGUGAUGGUGGUGAUAGAUGCAAAGCUUUGUAUUUACAGCAACGGAUCUUUCCGCUUAUGCUCAGCAAAAAUUGUCCAGAUAAAUUUUCAUUCUCAGCUUGCAAGUUUAAUAUACAGAAGAGCAAAGAAGGAACAGGAAGAGUGGUAAUGUGGAAAAUGGGAAUCAGGAACAGCUUUACCAUGGAGGCUACUUUCUGUGGAUCUACCCUGGGUAAUAAAAGAGGCACUCACUUCAAUACAAAAGACUUGGAGUCGAUGGGAUAUCAUUUUUGUGAUUCUCUCUUGGACUACUGUGAUCCAGACCGAACCAAGUAUUAUAAAUGCCUAAAAGAACUAGAAGAAAUGGAAAAACAUAUAAACUUGGAAAAAGUCCUUGAUGAUUCAGAUACUUCUCUGAAAGAAGUUACAUUGGAUCUAGAGUCUAGUAGCCAUGGCUCUGACAGUUCAGAAUCCAAUGACUCUCAGACUUACCUCCUCAAGUUAAAUAAAAAACAAAAAAAACAUUUGAAAACAAAGAAGGAAAGAAAUUCUACCAUAGCAAGCCAUCAAAACACCAGAGAAGAGCAAGAGGUUUGUGAUAAAGGACGUUUAGCUCAGAGACACAAAGAAUCAGAUUCUGAUGUGAAAGAUACAAGGCCAGAUGUAUCGGAUGACUGUAUAUUUGAUUAUUUCAGAAGACAGUUCCCUAAUCAAGGUCUUCAUCACAACUUAAAAAAUAGUAUGAAAGAAUGUACAUCUUUCCAAAGCAAGAAGGCUGGUGUAAAUUGGACAGACGAUGAAAAAAGAAUCUACAGGGAUAAAAAAAUAUCUCAAUCUGAAGAAAUAUUGCAGUAUUUGCUCCCAAUCAUGAAAAGCACUAAAAAUGUGCAAACCACUCAGAUAAAACAGAUUUUCAAUCCAAGAACCAACUUUCAAAUCCAACAUCAACUAAACCCAUCUAGUUACAUACAUGUAAAGAAAUACAGCACAUCCUGGACACCACCCAGAAAUCCUCCCUUGAUAAGCCAAAGGGAUCACAGAAGCUCUUCGGAAUGGCUCCAGGCUGUGUCUCAGAAGUCAUCUGAAAGCUUGUCACCUCUCAAAGGGCCCAAGAAGAGGAAAAAACAUUCUCAAGUCAAGGCCACCAAGACUAAAGACGUGAAACCUGUCAGCAGAAAAUGCAAGACUCUUCCCCCGUGUUCUGAGAAGGACACAGACAAGAGUCUGCAAGCUGAAGAAUCCAACCAGCAGGGCUCUAUGCAAAAUGCCCCCCAUCUCGCUAAAAAUAAGGGAGAGCAACCAAAAACGAAGGAUGAACAACCCACCUUUCGCCUGAAGUUGCGAAGGUACAAGUAAUCUAGCUUUAAGCUGCUCUGACAACUGCAGAUCAAAGAUAACAUAUGCUGACAUAGUAAAAGGCAAAAAGAAACAGAAAAGCCCUCCCUGUCCCUUCAUCCUCAUCCCACCCCCUACACGUGUAGUUCAUGUGCAUGUACUAAACUAUAAAUUUUAGAUAUCCCAUCUGCUUUAGUAAGAAUGGCUUUCAAAGAGUUAAAAAGAAAUAAGAGAAAAUAUAGAAAAUUAAAGCUCACGUAGAUACUUCUAUUUAACUUUGUCAAGAUGGAAAGAAAACUCCUACUUUGAUUUAUUCAUACGCCAAAAGACUAAGCCCCCGAGGAGGGAGUAACAGGUAUGAUCACCGACAGGGACGUCGCUCUAGGCACUUUCAUGAAUCAGUCCUAUGUGCAGUGUCCUAGAAACCGUCAGUGAUACAAAGGACAUUCCUGUAUUUUCACUACCGCACAUGACUGAAAUAACUCAGGAUAAAACAGUGCAUUGUCAAGAGUAAGUGAAGCACUCCAACAAUUAGAGAAAAGAUUUCAUUUUAAAAGAUGUUAACUGCACAGAGAAAGUGUGGCACCAAAGGGAACAUAAAUGCAUGGACUAUGGUUUAAGCAGUCAUUUAAUGUCUCAAAAUUUAGCAAAAAAAUGUAAAAGCAUACAUCUCCAGCCCUUUUUAAGUGGAAAACAAAUGGACACCUCACAGUCUGUCACUCAUGAGACAGUGAGUACUAGUGAGAUUCCUAAAGGACACUGCAGAGGAACAGGUAUGCCAGGCAACUAAGAUGCACGUGGUAAGUGAGAAAACAGAGUGCGUCAGCCUGGAGCUGCAGGUCAGCCGUGGCAUCCAUGACAGGAAGAGGCUACCGAGGAUCAGGUAGGAGGGUGUGUUCCUGCUAUAAGCCACAAGCUUAAUUAGGUCCGGGGGCAAAAUGGAACCAGGAAGAUGAGUUGGGUGGUCUGCUCUCCACAGUAUCUUGGGAGCCAAAGAGGGUUCAAGGAGAGCCCAGCGGGAUGUUAAAGGAGUAACUGUUGUGUCCUGGUUUUAACAGACUUUAUUUUUAGAGAAGUUUUAGGUUCACAGCAAUAUUGAUCAGAAGGUACAGCAAUUUCCCUUGUAGCCCCGAGUGCCCACAGCUGCACGGCCUUCCUGUUAUCACCAUCACCCACCAGAAUGAGUCAUUGUUACAACUGAUGAACCUGCGUUGAUACAUCAUUAUCGUCCAGAGUCCAUAGUUUACAGUUGGGUUUGCUCUUGGUGUUAUACAAUCUGUGGCUUGGACAAAUGUAUAAUAAAUGUAUCCACCAUAAUAGUAUCA